GCAGUACGGUGUCGGAGCGGCGCCUAUUAGGGUCGUCCGCUGCGUCACGACGGGCGCCACUUCCAGGAUUCAUUCAUUAGUUUUUUUUGUUUUUUUCAUUCACGAGGGUAGUAAGGCCUGGUUGAUAGCCAUGGAGAGCGCUCUCCCUGCGGCCGGCUUCCUGUACUGGGUGGGCGCGGGCACCGUGGCCUACCUGGCUCUGCGCAUCUCGUACUCGCUCUUCACGGCCUUUCGAGUCUGGGGGUUGGGUCACGGACCUGGGGUUGGACCAGAGCUCGGUGAAUGGGCAGUUGUCACAGGUGGUACUGAUGGAAUUGGAAAAUCAUAUGCAGAAGAGUUGGCAAAGUGUGGAAUGAAGGUUGUCCUUAUCAGCAGGUCCCAGGAUAAACUGAAUGAGGUUUCCCGUGAAAUAAGAGAAAAAUUCAAAGUGGAAACAAAGACGAUUGCUGCUGACUUUGCAUCCGAAGAUAUAUAUGAUAAAAUUAAAACAAGCUUGGCAGGCCUUAAAAUUGGUGUUUUAGUGAACAACGUGGGAGUAUCAUAUGAGUAUCCUGAAUACUUUUUGGAAAUUCCUGACUUGGACAGUACCAUCAAGAAAAUGUUAAAUGUUAACAUUCUUUCUGUUUGUAAGAUGACACACUUGGUGCUGCCUGGCAUGGUAGAAAGAUCUAAAGGCGUGAUUCUGAACAUCUCCUCCGCCAGUGGCAUGCACCCAUUGCCACUGCUGACCAUCUACUCUGCAACCAAGGGUUUUGUAGAUUUCUUCUCUCAGUGCAUCCAUGAGGAAUAUAAGAGCAAGGGCAUCUUUGUGCAGAGUGUCCUGCCCUUCUUUGUAGCUACGAAAAUGUCUAAAAUCCGGAAACCAUCUUUGACCGUACCCUCUUCAGAGGCAUAUGUGAAGUCGGCGAUGAAAACAGUGGGGUUGAUAACCCGAACCAAUGGAUACCCGAUCCAUUCUCUUAUGGGUACACUUGUCUGCAUGCUGCCUUCUUCAUUAUAUUUGAAACUGUCCAUGUAUAGGAACAAGUCCGUGCGGGCUCGCUAUCUGAAGAAAGCCAAGAAGAACUAAGCGUUGAUAACUGCUCUGCGUAGCUCGGCCAGGUGCUCCAGCCUCCACACGCUCCUCGCGGGCCACCCACCCAGCCCCCAAGUCUUCAGGCGUUUUAAUAGUUACUAACAAGGCUAAUGUGGCCAUAAUCAGGAAGGAAGCAGGAACUCCUGACAUAUAUUCUGGAUGCUACCAGCAGCAGUUAUUGUGUAGUUUAAUAUAAAUGCUCAUAUCAGUUGGAUGUAGAACUAAUAUUAACAAGAACAACUUAAUGGGAAGAAGCACAAGUUCAGCAAAUCACAGAAGGAUAGAGUCAGGCAUAAGGCCCAACAGUUUCAUCUGGCCCAAAGUGUCAAUGACGACUCUUGUAUCUUCUCUGAAACAUACUUUAAAAAGUCAUGGCCAGCUCCUCGUUCUUGUUUUUAACAGUUUGAGGGACUGGAGAUGAAUGGAUUUCCACGGGGAGGACAUACUGCAGUUUGCAUAGUUCUUUGUAAGCUUUUCUAAAGGCCUGUCCCCGUUUGUAUGUUAUAUGGAACUAUCUUUUUCCAAGCAGCUAAUGACAAAAAUAAUUUGGAGAUUUUUUUACAUGUGAAACCUAUAAAAAUAUGCUUUCCUCUAAUAUUUCUUCUCAGUUUAAAUGUAUGUAGCUACUUUAAGGUGUAUGGUAUGAUUUACAAAGGUAAAUGGGCCAAAAUGUACACUGAGCCAGCCAGCCACCUGUGGUGCCACUAAAACCUGCCCAGGAAAGUGGCCUGGUGGACCCGAGGCCUGGUUUCUGUGCUUCAAUAAUACUGCUUACAUAUGUGACAGAGGCUGUUCCUAGAACAGCAGUGACAUCAGAGAAGUGGCCUUGCACUUUGAGAUUAAUACCCUAUAAAUACUGAUAUAACUAGUCUUAAUGAAAGGUAAUAGAACUGUGGUGUUGAUUAACAGUAUAUUUCUUUAGUGCUUGAAAUUAAGGCCAUUGUUACACUGGCUCAAUAUAAAUUAAAGCUUACUUUUAUCCUGCUAUAUAUCUUGUUUGGGGAAAUUGCUAAGCAAUAAUUCAAUGUUGUGAGACAUGUCAUCUAAAAAGGUAGACCUUUUCCUAGGCUGUGAUUCCAAGGCUGAGUUUUAAGCACCAAUAAAUUAGCACAAAAAAUUUUAAUUGGGGUAUUUAAGUGUUUCUAGAUUUUAAUUUUAUCAGCUAAGGAUAUAAAAACAGAAAACCAAAUUACCAUCGUUAUAUAAAAGACAUUUAAUAGCAUACAAAAAGUGGAAAGAACAAUCUCAGAAUAAGGAAUACUCAUUUAAAUGGAAUAAAGGCAGCUUUUUUGAAAAA